UUACGUCGGUUGCGUGUCGAUUUCUCUCCUAAUACCGAUUUAUUUACAUGUACUCAGUGUGCAUCCGCCGAGUGCAUAGCUAGUGAAGCAGUUUCAGUGUGAAGAAAUUCUUCAUUCUAUGGAUUAAAAAUCGACAGGCGACGAGGGUGCCUUGCAUGAUGGAAAGCUGACCUGAGUGGAACCAUUCCCUCGAGACCCACCAGAUAGUGUUUAAUAGUCGUUUAGCGCUUAAUUUUUGUGAUUUCGUAUAGUUAUUGCGUCUGUUGUUUCAAGAGGUUGUGUAUCAUCGUCACCAAAACAGUUGUUGUUAGUAUGUCUCGUUUGGAUCCGCCCCCCCGGUAAUCCCAGUUAAUGACAGCCAUAUGUAGCAGUAAUUUGGGCAGCAUGGACAUCAAGCACGAGAUGAUUUACCGUGAAGAUGACGUGCUGCUUGUCAAAUCGGAGCCCCAGUUGCAUUCGCCUUGCGCCACCGGCAACAACGGCUUGCCAUCUGGGGCCGCUUCGAACCUCCUUUGUGCCAAUACGAACAACGGCCUGGUGACGACUUUGGCGAGCAGUUCAUCGUUGAACGGCCUCACCAACAACGUGCCCAGCAAUGGACUGUCUUCUAGUGGACCGUUCAGUUCGAUUGGUAGUGGUGUUAGUGCUAGCAAAAGGCAAAGAACCGAUGAUUGGUUGAGCUCACCCAGCGGCAACGUGCCGCCCCUGACUCCCUCGCCGGGACCCCCCUCACACCCAUACACCGUCAUCAGCAACGGGUACUCCUCACCCAUGUCCUCUGGCAGCUACGACCCCUACAGCCCCAACGGAAAAAUCGGACGCGAGGACUUGUCCCCCAGCAGCUUGAAUGGCUACAGCGCUGACAGUUGCGACUCCAAGAAGAAAAAAGGUCCGACGCCUCGGCAGCAGGAAGAGCUAUGUCUCGUGUGCGGCGACAGAGCCUCCGGUUACCACUACAACGCCCUCACCUGCGAGGGCUGCAAGGGCUUCUUCCGACGCAGCAUAACGAAGAACGCAGUGUAUCAAUGCAAAUACGGCAACAAUUGCGAAAUAGACAUGUAUAUGAGACGAAAGUGUCAGGAGUGUCGGUUGAAAAAGUGCCUCAGCGUCGGGAUGAGGCCGGAAUGUGUCGUGCCGGAAGUACAGUGCGCCGUCAAGCGAAAGGAGAAGAAAGCCCAAAAAGAAAAAGAUAAGCCGAAUAGCACAACAAAUGGCUCACCGGACGUCAUCAAGGUUGAACCAGAAGUAAGUAAUUGUAGAUCAGCAAGAGAUCUUCAAUUUCUUCAAUGUGCUUUCGCUUCGCAGUUGUCAGAUUCAGAAAAGACAUUGUGUAAUGGAAGUAAAGGAAUUUCGCCGGAGCAAGAGGAGCUCAUACAUCGACUGGUUUAUUUCCAGAAUGAAUACGAACAUCCGUCUGAGGAAGACGUUAAACGGAUCAUUAACCAGCCGAUGGAUGGCGAAGAUCAAUGUGAUGUUCGGUUUAGGCAUAUCACGGAAAUUACUAUCUUGACGGUGCAACUUAUCGUAGAGUUUGCCAAGCGGUUACCAGGCUUUGACAAACUCUUAAGGGAGGACCAGAUCGCUCUCUUGAAAGCAUGUUCCAGUGAAGUGAUGAUGUUCAGGAUGGCUCGACGUUACGACGUACAAACGGAUUCCAUCCUCUUCGUAAAUAACCAACCAUAUUCAAGAGACAGCUAUAAUUUGGCUGGAAUGGGGGAAACCAUCGAAGAUCUCUUGCAUUUCUGCAGAACAAUGUAUUCGAUGAAGGUGGACAAUGCCGAAUACGCCUUACUCACCGCCAUCGUAAUAUUCUCAGAGCGUCCAGCGCUGAUUGAAGGCUGGAAGGUGGAGAAGAUCCAGGAGAUCUACUUGGAGGCGCUGCGGGCGUACGUCGACAACCGGAGAAAGCCUAAACCGGGCACGAUAUUCGCGAAACUCCUGUCAGUACUAACCGAAUUGCGGACAUUAGGCAACCAAAAUUCCGAGAUGUGCUUCUCGUUAAAACUGAAAAAUAAAAAACUGCCGCCGUUCCUGGCGGAAAUCUGGGACGUCGACUUGAAAACAUAGUAGAGGUGACGUACCGACAGGUGGAUGUUUGCUGCUGUUUGGAAAGCGGAUUUCGAAUACGACUUAAUAAUGGCAGUGGAUCGGCUCACCACCGAAAGUUGGCUGUGAAAUAAUGUAAAUUUUUUUUAUUAAUUAAUUAUUAAACGAAUGUUGGACGGCAUCUAGAGAAAAUGUUAUUACUGAGCAUAGAUUUAUUUAGAUAAUUACAUAGAGAAUAUUACUCGAUGAAUCAAACUAUUAAGUAGAUUUUAUAAAUGCCUGUAUAAACUCUGCGACUUUUGUAAAACACUUUAUCUUGGCAAUUUGCUUACUUAAUUGGUAAGACUGGACCGGACUGACUUAACAGAGGUGCCUUCACUUGAAAUACGGAUCAUACGACUGAGGGCAGGUGCAAAUUAUGACAAUUACAAUGCCAGUAGAGUUAGGCCGACUGGAAAUGAUCUGAAAUUAUUGAAAAAGUGCAAUUUAAUUUUAUUUCAAAUUAACAAACGAAUCGUUUAGACGUCAAAAGCACCAAAUCUACGGCAAAGGAGGCAGAAUUACUUCAAACAAUAAUAAUUUUUAACAAAGAAGCAGCCGUCCGCUAUAAUCCAAAAUAGUGAAAACGUGAAGUGAUUCGGAUCUAACAGUGAACGAGGACUCGUGCCAUUUUACCCGGGCAUCCUGUCAUACAUACGUAUAACCACACUAUACAACAGACUAUCCUGCCUUUACAAACUAUUGAUGUUUAACUCUUCGAUGUGUAGUUGUAGCCUACUCAUUUUUAUACUGUACUGUAUAGUUUCUGCAUUCGUAUUCUGCUGCUAGAUGCGCUCGUAAUUAUAACGACAUAUUUUUCAUCAAUUGUAGAUAGAAACAUAUUUUCAUAAACAUACAGAGACAGAAGUAUUUUUGUUGGACACUGAAUUAUUAUUAUUUCAUUUCGCGCGCGCCAUCUAUUGCCUUGCCACCAAGCACACGGUUUAGUUAACACCGGGAGUCAACCAUCCUGACUGGAAUCCACCAAUAAGACGCUGAUUUAUCCUUCCAUAUUUUCACAAGGAUCUCAAAACCUAAUCUUAUCAUUUUAGCAUUGUAUUCUAAAGUGCAAGGUGCUAUGAACGACCCUGAACCGGCAUCUAUUAAUAUACAACACAUCAUCAUUUAAAAAAAUUUGUUUAACUUUAUUUUAUUGAUUUUGGAUGUUAAACAGAUUGUUUCAUUUAUAUAAUAAACACAAGCCCAGUGGCUAUGAAACGUCAUGGAAUAUCACGAGUCGUAACAGAGUAUUGAAAAAAAAAAAUAUUUCUCUAUUUUUAUCAAUUUGGAAUUAUGCUAAUACAUAGCAUACAAAUACUCAAACAUUAUCGCAUAAUCACGAACCUGUCACGUUUCUUUUGUAUUUCAGCAAGCUGUUAUUUGUUGUGGGAACAAGCAAAUCGUUUAAUUAAAUCCUGACAUAAAGGUCUUGUCAGUUUUGAUUUUUUUAACCGAUUUCAAAAUUGCAAUUAAACCGCAGGAAAUUGCUAACCAUUUUGCCCGUUUCUUAUUUAUUUUUUCAGAUAAAAAAUUUCAAUAUGAGAAUUAUCUCAUGACAUUGUUUUCACACGUUGCAACAACACUGAUCUAAUGUAAUAUUGAUAAUAUACAACGUGGAGCUUUUAAGUUUGUUUUCGUUGUUUUUAGAAUCAAAAUUUUAUUAAGGAAUAAGAUUUUUAUGAAAAAAUUUUGAAUGAUCUAUGUUAUGUAGUAUAAUUACUAAACGUCAAAUUAGUUGCGAAUUAAAAUUUAAUAUCAAUUAAUGUUCUGUACAGUUGGAGACAAAAUACUUUGGUCGUCAAAUGUCACUUGAGUGACAUUAAAUUGUAAAGCAUGCUUUAGGUCUGUUAACUUUAUUUUUAGCU